AACUGCAACACUUCCUCUGCAUCUGGAUACCGAGGGAGACCCAGAAAAGCGGAAGAGUUUAUAGGCGCACAGGGUCACAUAAGGCAUGGAUUUGGAGGGCUGUGAACCGCCCGUGGUUCUAAGAGCGGACAACUGCCGCAGGCGGCGAAGGAUGAAGCCCCGCAGCACGGCGGUCUGCCUGUCCUCCAUGGAGCUCAUCCCCAUCGAGUUCGUGCUGCCCACCAGCCAGCGCAACAGCAAGACCCCAGAGACCGUGCUGCUGCACGUGGCCGGUCACGGCAACGUGGAGCAGAUGAAGGCGCAAGUGUGGCUGCGGGCACUGGAGACAAGCGUGGCAGCUGACUUCUACCACCGGCUGGGUCCGGAUCACUUUCUCCUGCUCUAUCAGAAAAAGGGGCAAUGGUACGAGAUCUACGACAGGUACCAGGUGGUGCAGACGCUGGACUGCCUGCGAUACUGGAAGGCGUUGCACCGCAGCCAAGGCCAGAUCCACGUGGUGCAGCGGCGCGAGCCCUCGGAGGAGACGCUGGCCUUCCAGCAGCAGCUCACGGCGCUGAUUGGCUACGACGUCACUGACGUCAGCAACGUGCACGACGACGAGCUGGAAUUCACGCGGCGCCGCCUCAUGACGCCACGCAUGGCGGAGGUGGCAGGCCGAGACCCCCAGCUGUACGCCAUGCACCCCUGGGUGACCUCCAAGCCCCUCCCCGAGUACCUACUGAAGAAGAUCGCCAACAACUGCAUCUUCAUCGUCAUCCACCGCAGCACCACUAGCCAGAUGGUCAAGGUCUCGGCCGAUGACACCCCGGCCGCCAUCCUGCACAGCUUCUUCACCAAGAUGGCCAAGAAGAAGUCCCUGAUGGACAUCCCGGAGAGCCAGAGCGAGCAGGAUUUCGUGCUGCGGGUGUGCGGCCGGGAUGAAUACCUGGUGGGUGACACGCCCAUCAAGAACUUCCAGUGGGUGCGCCAUUGCCUCAAGAAUGGGGAGGAGAUCCACCUGGUGCUCGACACACCCCCGGACCCGGCCCUGGACGAGGUGCGCAAGGAGGAGUGGCCGCUGGUGGACGACUGUACGGGCGUCACCGGCUACCACGAGCAGCUGACCAUCCACGGCAAGGACCACGAGAGCGUGUUCACCGUGUCACUGUGGGACUGCGACCGCAAGUUCCGGGUGAAGAUCCGAGGCAUCGACAUCCCGGUUUUGCCCCGGAACGCGGAGCUCACCGUCUUCGUGGAGGCCAACAUUCAGCACGGGCAGCAAGUCCUUUGCCAGAGGAGGACCAGCCCCAAACCCUUCACCGAAGAGGUGCUCUGGAACGUGUGGCUCGAGUUCAGUAUCAAAAUCAAAGACCUGCCCAAGGGCGCGCUGCUGAACCUGCAGAUCUACUGCGGCAAAGCCCCCGCGCUGUCUGCCAAGGCCUCGGCCGAGAUGGCCGGGUCCGAGCCCAGAGGCAAAGCUCAGCUUCUCUACUACGUGAACCUGCUGCUCAUAGACCAUCGCUUCCUCCUGCGCCACGGGGAGUACGUGCUGCACAUGUGGCAGAUAUCGGGGAAGGGCGAAGACCAAGGGAGCUUCAACGCCGACAAGCUCACCUCCGCCACCAACCCAGACAAGGAGAACUCCAUGUCCAUCUCCAUCCUCCUGGACGAUUACUGCCACCCAAUCGCGCUGCCAAAGCAUCGGCCCACCCCGGACCCAGAAGGGGACCGAGUUCGUGCAGAAAUGCCCAACCAGCUUCGAAAGCAACUCGAGGCCAUCAUAGCCACCGAUCCGCUGAACCCGCUCACGGCAGAGGACAAGGAAUUGCUCUGGCACUUUCGAUACGAAAGCCUUAAGCAUCCCAAAGCGUAUCCUAAGCUGUUUAGUUCUGUCAAGUGGGGGCAACAAGACAUUGUGGCCAAAACCUACCAGUUGUUAGCCAGAAGGGAGGUCUGGGAUCAGAGCACUCUAGAUGUUGGGUUAACAAUGCAGCUCCUGGAUUGCAACUUUUCAGAUGAAAAUGUGCGAGCCAUUGCGGUUCAGAAACUCGAGAGCUUGGAGGAUGAUGAUGUUCUGCAUUAUCUUUUGCAGCUGGUCCAGGCUGUGAAAUUUGAACCCUAUCACGACAGCGCCCUUGCCAGAUUUCUCCUGAAGCACGGCUUAAGAAACAAGAGAAUUGGUCACUUCUUAUUUUGGUUCUUGAGGAGUGAGAUAGCCCAGUCCAGGCACUAUCAGCAGAGAUUCGCUGUGAUCCUGGAAGCCUAUCUGAGGGGCUGUGGCACCGCCAUGCUGCACGACUUCACACAGCAAGUGCAGGUGAUCGAGAUGUUACAGAAAGUCACCAUCGAUAUUAAGUCACUCUCUGCUGAAAAGUAUGAUGUCAGCUCCCAAGUUAUUUUACAACUUAAGCAAAAGCUUGAAAAUCUGCAGAAUUCUAAUCUCCCUAAAAGUUUUAGAGUUCCAUAUGACCCUGGACUCAAAGCUGGCGCUCUGGUGAUUGAGAAAUGUAAAGUGAUGGCCUCUAAGAAAAAGCCCCUGUGGCUGGAGUUUAAGUGUGCUGACCCUACCGCCCUGUCAAAUGAAACCAUUGGAAUCAUCUUUAAACAUGGAGACGACCUCCGUCAAGACAUGCUGAUUUUGCAGAUUCUGCGAAUCAUGGAGUCCAUUUGGGAGACGGAAUCUUUGGAUCUGUGCCUCCUGCCUUAUGGUUGCAUCUCAACUGGUGACAAAAUAGGAAUGAUCGAGAUCGUGAAGGAUGCCACGACAAUUGCCAAAAUUCAGCAAAGCACAGUGGGCAACACCGGUGCAUUUAAAGACGAAGUCCUAAAUCACUGGCUCAAAGAAAAAUGCCCACUUGAAGAAAAGUUUCAGGCAGCAGUGGAGAGAUUUGUUUAUUCCUGUGCUGGCUACUGUGUAGCAACCUUUGUUCUUGGAAUAGGAGACAGACACAAUGACAAUAUUAUGAUCACAGAGACAGGAAAUCUGUUUCACAUUGACUUUGGGCACAUUCUUGGGAAUUACAAAAGCUUUCUGGGCAUUAAUAAAGAGAGAGUGCCGUUUGUGCUAACCCCAGACUUCCUGUUUGUGAUGGGAACUUCUGGAAAGAAGACAAGCCCACACUUCCAGAAAUUUCAGGAUAUCUGCGCCCGAGCUUACCUGGCCCUCCGUCAUCACACAAACCUACUGAUCAUCCUCUUCUCCAUGAUGCUAAUGACCGGAAUGCCCCAGCUGACCAGCAAAGAAGAUAUUGAAUAUAUCCGAGAUGCCCUAACAGUGGGGAAGAAUGAGGAGGAUGCAAAAAAGUAUUUUCUUGAUCAGAUUGAGGUUUGCAGAGACAAAGGAUGGACUGUGCAAUUUAAUUGGUUCCUGCACCUUGUUCUUGGUAUCAAACAAGGAGAGAAGCAUUCAGCCUAA